AUGGGAACACACAACUCAAAACCAAAUAAUACUGAAACUUCACCAAUUUCAAUUGAAGAUCAAAAAUUUAAUGAACAAAUAAUUAAUGAAAAUGUUGUUGAGAAUCCAAAUCCACCAUCAACUCAAUUACAAUAUAAUCCAGAUAUAAUUCCAAAGAUUCCAAGCUUACCAUCUAGACCAUUUGAUUUACCAGUUGGAGAUUCACCAGAAAUUUCUGAACAACAAAAACUUCCAACACCAAUAAUUAAUGGAUUGGGCAAAGAACCAAUUUCAAUUUCUAAAGAAGAUAAUGAAAAAAAUAAAGAUAAAGAAACUGAUGAAAUUUUAGAAGAAAUUAAUAGUCCAUUAUCAGUACAUGAAGUUAAUGAAGAUUUAUUAAGAACAAUGAAAGUCGAUGAUUUAAAUGAUGAUGAAAAUAUUAAUUGUAACGAUACAGUACCAUUACCAUCUCACCCAUUUGUAGAUGUUGUUGAAUGUGAAAAAGAAGAAGAGGAGGAAGAACAACAAAAAGAAACCGAUGACAAUAUUGAAAAAGGUUCAUCAUCACUUCAACUCCCUCCUCCACCACCACCACCACAACAACAACAAGAACAACAACAAAAACAAGAACUUUUACUCCCACCACCACCUCCACCUCCACCACAAGAAGAUGAAGAUGAAGAACAACAUCAACAUCAACAUCAACAUCAACAUCAACAUCAACAUCAACAUCAACAUCAACAUCAACAUCAACAUCAACAUCAACGUCAUAUUAAAAGAGAAAGAUUCCAAACUAAGGCAGAAGCAGAAUUAUUAAAUCUAUUUAAUAAAACACCAAUCAUUGAUACAACAGAAAGUCCAACAUCAUCAUCAUCAGUUGGUGUAAAUCAACAACAACAAAACUAUGAAGAAAUGAUUGCAGCUGAUUACUUUAAUAAUAGUGGAUACUAUUCAUAUAAAGAUGUUCCAAAGAAUCAAAAAUCACAAACCCUUUCAAAGAGAUUCUUUAAUACUUUGACUAGAAAGAAAUCAAUGAAAAACUCCUCAAUGAAUGGAUUUAAUACAAUAUCAAAAUCUCAAACUACUGGUAGUUUAAAUUCAAAAUUAAGUGGAGCAGAUAUGACAGAUGAAGAUGAAAGAAAUGUAGCUUCAUCUUCUUCCACUGUUUUCCCAACAAAUACUACUUCUUCAAAUGAUGAUAUUAAUUUAAAUAGAAAUGGUAAACCAUUUACAAAAUAUAGUACCGUAUCAAUGAAAAUGUCAACAUUUAGAAAGAAAUUAUUUACAUCUCAACAGGAUUUACAUUCACCAAAUGUAACAGAAGCUUCUGAUAUUGAAGAGAAAAAAGAAGAUGAAAAACCAAAAAAGAAGAAAUUCUUUAAUUCUCAAGAAAUUUCAAAUUUAGGUUCAAUGUUUACUAGAGAAAUGGGUCAUGUCUUUUUAUUAUCUCCAUCUGGUCCAAGUUAUCACUCAAGUGCAUAUGCUGGCUCAAGUUAUAUGACAAGUGGUUUUUAA